CAGCACCACCAAAUCUGAGGAACUGUCCUCUAGAAUAGAAGUUUAGGUGGGUGCUUUCACUUGGACGCUCUGGUCGAACCAAAUCCAGCAAACCACCCAAUCACCAAUCUUUUCUUAUCUUCAAAUUUCAUUCCUUUUUCUAGUUUUGGAUUUGUUUUUUAGUUGAAGUCUUCGAGGGGGUGUUUGGAGACUAGGAUUUUGACUUCGUUUAUUUUCUUGGAUUUUCUCGGAUUCUUCCUGAGGAUGAGUGGAAGUAUACUGCAAGGUGAUCUGGGUGGUUUAGUUGGGAAUUGGUGGGAUGAGAUUAAUGAUACUAUUGAGUGGCAAGAUGGGAUCUUUUAUGCUCUUUGUGCUACUUAUGCUCUUGUUUCUUCUGUUGCUUUGAUACAAUUAAUACGGAUUGAAUUGAGAGUGCCGGAGUAUGGUUGGACAACGCAGAAAGUUUUUCACUUGAUGAAUUUCAUUGUCAAUGGAGUUCGUGCUAUUCUGUUUGGUUUUCACAAGCAAGUAUUUAUCUUGCAUCCCAAGGUGCUUGAACUGAUAUUACUGGAUCUCCCAGGAGUCCUGUUCUUCUCUACGUACACCCUGCUUGUCUUAUUUUGGGCCGAAAUAUAUCACCAGGCAAGAAGUCUGCCAACAGAUAAGCUCAGACUUUUUUAUAUUUUGGUCAACAGUGUAAUUUACUUGAUACAGGGUGGCAUCUGGGCUUACCUUUGGAUAGAUGACAACAGUGUUGUAGAAUUCAUUGGAAAGAUAUUUAUUGCAGUGGUGUCGGCUGUAGCUUCAUUGGGUUUCUUGUUGUAUGGAGGGAGACUGUUUUUCAUGCUGAGACGCUUCCCUAUCGAGUCUAAAGGGAGAAGAAAGAAGCUCCAUGAGGUUGGAUCAGUUACAGCCAUAUGUUUCACAUGCUUCCUUAUAAGAUGUUGUGUGGUUCUUGUUUCGGCUUUUGAUUUAGAUGCAUCACUUGAUGUUCUGGAUCAUCCAGUUUUGAACUUGAUCUACUACACGCUAGUCGAGAUCUUACCCUCAGCUCUAGUGCUCUACAUCCUGCGAAAGUUGCCUCCAAAGAGAGUAUCAGCACAAUAUCAUCCAAUCCGUUAGAAGCGGGGCUCCUUUCUUUUGGUGUAUUUUCCCUCGAGAAAUGACUUUUCAUGCUUCCUGGAAGAACACAAAAUCAUAUCCAGAUUUCAAUUUCUCUGCAACAUUGUUCCGGCAAUUUUCUUUGCAUGUAUAUUUCACAACUAAUAGCAGCUUGCUGAGGGGAAGAGAUUUGAAUUGAUUUCUUCAUGGGUUAUGUUGCUCGAGGCAUUGUUUGUUGUCUUAUUAUGCAGUCUAUCAAAUCAAUUUGGUGGAAGGAAAUUUCUGUAGUUUGUUGUGGCUACCCUUCAGUUUGGUUUUAAGCUUAUUGUAAUAUUAAAUUGCUUGCCAAUACUUUAAUUCUUUUAUAAAUUUCAUCUUUGUCUAGUAACUA